GAGCAAAAACACUUGCCCUCUGCUCGGCCGCCCUCUCGUUUGCCCUCAUUCCAGCAUCAAAAGCUUCGAACUUGCGCUCUUCUCUUCUGCUCUCUUUGUUACCUGUUCAGUUUCAUUUGUACAGCCCCACUUGCACUCUCAUUCGUACCGUUAUCAAUCUCUUCUUCGCACGGUUUCUGUUAAAGUCGAGCUCAAUCUCUCCUUUGCAUCACUAAUCGAUCUAAUAGUCAUCAAAUCCCACAAAUUUCAGGGAACAAUUGGAGAGCUUUAUAGAGGAGCUCGUGAGAUUUUUUAUCUCAACCCUGUGCUAAAGGCUUGAAAAAAUAGAACUAUGCAGAACAUUCACCGGCUUAUAUCACGUUUCUCAUCAGCAGCAGUGAGCACAGGCACAGGUACUGCGAGAUUUGUCAAAGAAAAGACAACCUGCAGUUUGGGAAAUGAUAUGAGGGUAUCAAUCAAUGGGAUAGGAGCAUGUCAAGUUAUUUGUAAUCAUCUGUUUUCAGCUAAAUCAGGCGGUGGUGUUGAUGGAAAUGAAGGGAAAGAUUGGGAGAGUGCUUUUGGUGGGACCGGUAAUGACGAUUUAGGUUGGGAUUCUGUUUCAUCUUGGUCGACUGGAUUGACUAAGGACCAUUUUGAUGGAGAAUUCGUGAGUCAGAAAACAGAUUCUAGCUCUACUAUUGGUGGGUUAAAUGCUUCUGAGACUGCUUUGGUUUCUAGUUUACAAGAGAUUGAUGAUAAGAUAAGAGAAUUGGAGGCAGAGAACAAAAGGAGCAAGGCUUUUGUGGACGGAUGGGGCAGGAGGAUGCGUGAGAUGAGUGUAUUGUUGAAGCAAGUAAAGGAGCCUGGUGCAAGGGGAUCUUACUUGAAGGAUUCAGAGAAGGCGGAGAUGUACCGCUUGCAUAAGCAGGACCCUGAAGUGCACACAGUUGAGAGGCUUGCGAAAGAUUUUCGGAUAAUGAGGCAGCGGGUGCACGCCAUUCUUUGGUUGAAGGAACUUGAGGAGGAAGAGGAGAAAAAACUCGGUCAUCCUUUAGAUGACUCCGUAGAGCUCUUGCUUGAUACUUGCCCAGAAUUUUUUAAUUCUCAUGAUCGAGAAUUUCAUGUAGCAUCUCUUCCAUAUAAGCCUGAUUUCAAGGUUAUGCCAGAGGGUUGGGAUGGUACCAUCAAAGACCUGGAUGAAGUCCACUAUGAGAUAUCCAUGAAAGAGGAUGAAAUGCUGUAUCAAGAAUUUGUCCAAAAGAUGAACUUCAACAAAAUGAAAAUGGCAGGACAGGUGAAAUGCCACAAGUAUAGUAGACGACGCCCAUCUGAAGGUUGGAACUUCACAGUGGAGAAAAUGGGACCACGAGGGAAGCGCGGGGGUGGUGGUGGUUGGAAGUUUGUAAGUUUACCCAAUGGGUCCACCCGACCUCUAAAUGAGAUGGAGAAGAUGUAUGUGAGGCGAGAGACUCCUCACCGCAGACGCAAGAUUCUUCCUUGAUGAUCAAGUUUGCACUACUAGACGUCAACUGCUUUUCUCAGUCACCAAAAAGCAAAAAGAUAAAAAAAUAAAACGAAGAUAUCAGAAUUUCUAAUUUUGCUGUAGUUUUCUUGCAUGAUAUCUCACAAUCUUCAUUACCAUUUUUCAACUUUAUUUGCAACACAAUCCAUAUCUGUUGUUGCCAGGACAAUUAGGUAGGUUCUUUUGGACGCAGUUGAGGCUGUAAUUAGUCCGGUUUAAGAUGUUAUAGAUAGUAUUGGAGAACUGUUCUGGGCACCGAUGAAGGUUAUCAAGGAGUUUUCAUAGUUUAGGCUGGGCGCCUUUUAUUUUCAAGUGAGCAAAGCUGCCUUAUUUGUUUGUUAGUCAUUUCUAGCUAGCCUGAAUAUUUACUUGAGUUUUGGCUGUGCGUAACCCUUCUCGUCAGUGCAUUAUCCUAUUUUGUACAUUGAGAUGGUACAUUGAUGCCUUUUCGUGUUUGGUAAUGUAAACGAACUACGGUGGACUAAUAUCAUUUGGGGAGUUUAACAUGCAUGUUUUUGUACUGUUACGAUGUGAGAUAUUACCAUUUUUUAAAAA